AUGUCGGUCUGUUUCACUUAUCUUGAGAACAAGGCCACGUCUUCGCUCACAUCGCCUUCGCCGGGCCAACCUAGUGACCAGUCUCCUCGAAACUUGCCUCAUCUUAAGAAAUUCGAGCUGGACGAGCUGGAGAACCAGCCACCACGACCACCUACUCCGUAUUCUGGAACAAGCAGGCCCGUGCCCACGUACUCUACGCAAGCCUUCCCACAGGGCUGUCACCAGACCUUGCCUCUUGGUUUCCCUGUGCCGCUUACUACUUCGUCAAGCAAGACUGGCUGUAGCAAGUUGGUCAGGUCUGAGGCCGCACCUCAAGUUAUUGAUAGACCACACCGGUCAGCGUCUCCGAGCGACAUCCCGACCACUCCCUCCGAUGGCGACCCGCCUCUGCCCCCGAGGCCGACGGACCACCUCAGCCUCUUCAUCAGUCAGCCCGUGGUGGCUGCAUUCUACGCUGGCGGUGUUGCCGUCUUCAAGGACUCGGGACUCAAGGACCAGAAGUACCGCUACGACAAUGAAAAGAAGCGAAUCCUCGGGAAGCAGACCUACUAUGAGUAG